AUGCCUCGUCUGAAGGAAGUCACUCACAUUUUACACGACUGGAUACAUCAGCCCACAUCUAAAAAUGACUCCAAGCCUGCCGAGGUUUUCGAUACCCAUCCGCUGUCGGAGAUGAUCCUCAGUUCCGAAUCGGAAGCGGGAAAGAGUGAGCAUAUGGUUCUCAUUGAAAACCCCUGGAAAUCCGAAUGGCAUAAAAAUGGCGUCCAAGUUCCUGUGCACGCUCUUCAUGAGUUGCCCGUCCCUUCUUUCCGCUAUGAGAAGCUUUGGCAUGAAGAGGAAGAUGACCGUUACAAUUCAGGCCUACAUUGUCUGAACAAAGAAAUUAGGCGUAUGCCCGUUUAUCACAUAGAUGACUUCGACCAGGCUUGGGUAACCACUGCCAAUGAGGAACGUGAGUGCCUGGGGGAGGCGCUCAUCAGCGACUGGAUGUUGGAAGAGGUCAUCGAAGCAUUGGAACACUUGACUUUUCUACGAAUGCAAGAAAAAAUCAAAGAACUUGAAGGCGAGGCACUUGAAUUUGAUGAAAAUGCCAAAUGUGAUUAUGAGGGGGAAGAUGGUAACGAAUUGGUGUUUUGCGACAGUUGUUUUCUAUGCGUUCACCAAGCUUGUUACGGAAUACCAAGCCUUCCUGAAGGCUCAUGGAUUUGUCGAAGAUGUGAGGCCGGUGCAAAGUCGACGACCCCGUGUUCCCUCUGUCCAAACACUGGGGGCGCGAUGAAGAAAGCCAACUGUGCUCUUUGGGUACCGGAAGUUGGAUUUGGCAACGUUGAGUUGAUGGAACCAGUAAUUAAACUGGAUAGUAUUCCACAAGCCCGUCGUAGUCUCCUCUGUUGCAUCUGUCGUUCUCGCUAUGGUGCUCCCAUUCAAUGUUACAAUAAGAAGUGCAAAGUAGCUUUUCACGUCACUUGUGCAUUUCAAAGCAAUCUGGUUAUGCGACAGGAGUUGUUGGAGAAGGAUGUGCGCCUAGUGGGUCUCUGCCCAAAGCAUUCACGCAAAGAUCAACAGCAUCAAUCGGGACGUUCGCCAUCCAAGAAUGUUCCUCGAAGUGCUCCGCUGAAAUCGCCCAAUCAGUCGCCUGUCCCUACAAACUGUGGAUCGAACCAACAGUCAUCUAUUGCACUCCGCAAACAAAGAAUACUGGAGCUGGAAAACGACUUUCAUAAAUUGAUAACGGAUCCGGAACUUGUCGCACACUUGAAUAGACGCCACCAAAAGGUAUCUUCCCCUAAAGUUGGUAGAACAAACGCGGGUUCCAGUCCACGCAAAAUGGUGAUACCGGAAGAUAUACGGCUUGCAAUAUCCGCUUACUGGCGUUUGAAACGGCGUGCCAACUUCAAUCAGCCGUUAGUUAGUCCUGUUCCGAUGGAAUGGCGCCAGACCGCAACCGAAGUGGUGGCAACAACGAAAGAAGCGCUUGCCCAAGCCGCACGAGCUAAGGAAGAAAUGCUUGCGUUUGAUGCAUUUCGACGCAUUCGUUUUGGCUUGGAUCGGGCUCGACUCGUUUUGGACAUGGUUUUGAAACGAGAGCGACGCAAAUCAGCUCUGUUCAAACGAAUGUCACGCAUUUUGGAAAUUCAGUUAAGAAUGUUGAUGACCGGAAAACGCUGUUCUCUGUCUGCAGAGGAUAGGUCAUUCAUAUCAACAGUCCACAUAGGUGACUCCAUAUACGAUAAUGCGGAACUGUUCGAGGCUCAUAGAUCCGGACGUGUAUCUGGUGCGUCCUCUUCACAAUCUUUAAAGACUAAUAACUGUAAUUCACAAUUAACAUCGGUCGAGAAAGCACAGAUACGAGAUCAAAAGGAACGCGUUGUACCACCUAAUGCGUCGGAAGCAAGUAAUUCGAAAAAAUCAAGCGAUCUAACGCCCUGUGAUCUAUCUGCUAUCCCACGGGAACAGUUCGUCGUUCCAGAGGAUAUAAAACAGCGUUUACGAUCUGCGUUAGCCAUGGUUUCGACAAAUCGCCUAUCGACAACCACCCCGGUUAAUCCAAGAUCAAAAGCCCUCAUUGGUGUGGAAACAAUUUCAACCAAAGAAGGAAACAUUCGGAUAAUUCCCGGUAUUUAUCAGUCGUCUGGAACUACUCGCACAAAGCGAUCCCCUUCCGAGAACAUAUUUGCAUGUUUCGGUGCACAAAGCUCAUUAGGCGAGUUUCAGUCACCGACACCAGCGAAGCGCGCAAAUCGUCGUUCGGUCAAUUUAUCACAGACACUUCCUCUGCCUCCGUUUGGCGACCACACAGUUCCUGUGCUAAGCAAGUUUGCUACUGUCAGACUCGGUCCGGGAGCUGUUCGGCUGAUAUGA